UCUACAUAAAUAAGCACUCAUAUUUUAUUUUUUCUUUUGGCCACAAUACAUUCCCUUUGUGCUAAUUAGUGUGUAUUAUUUUUGUACCUAUGUGUCGUCCUCUCCAUGUUCCCCACUUUCUUUAUUAUGAACCGAAUUUCCUCAUCACUAGUACUUCUCCAUCACCAUGGCUGAAACUCCAUCACCCUCUGAGUCUCCCACAGCCUCCUUUGGCCCCAUCAUAAGUAAUGGCCAAGUUGGUGGCUUCGAUUGGAUUGUCCUUGUGGCAGCAAUUUUAUGUGCCUUUGUGUGUGCUCUUGGCCUCAACACAAUGUUACAAUGUGUGUUUCAAUGUGCUUGUCGUGUCCUCACAGAGCCUCGCCAAUGGAUUGCUUCACGAAGGCUCAACUCUGGCCUCAAGAAAAAGGAAAUGGUGGCUUUGCCAACCUCAACUUACACUACUACACACUCUGCUGCUGCCUCUUCUUCUUCUUCACCUAAUUCUAGUAGUUGUGUCAUUUGCUUGGCUGAGUUCUCUGAUGGGGACCCUAUAAGGUUCCUUCCAAAGUGCAACCACUAUUUCCAUGUGGUUUGCAUUGACAAGUGGCUACUCUCUCACUCUUCUUGCCCUACUUGCAGGCACCUCCUCAAGUCAAAUGAUUCUCUUCACUCCUUACAUAUUGUCAUAGCUUAGGUAUCCUCUACUCAUGAGUAGCAUCAUUAUGGCUAUAAAACUUUUACUUUUGAUAUUUAAUGUAACUGUAUAUUCAAGAUUCAAAAAUUAAGAUCUUCAAUUAAGUUAGAAUAAUUUUAUAUCAAGUUAAUCUAGCUACUUAGUGUUUCAUAGCUUAAUUAUUUAAAUAGUUAUCAGUUGUUUAGCAUUUCUAGGAGGCCUUGUAUAUAAAGCUACAAUGCAAGAUAUUUGAGUUUAUAACUUUAUAUAUAUAAAUAAACCCGGUUCUCCUUUAAAUUUUCUCAAU